AUGCCAGACAAGACAUUCGUUCUGCGUCCAUGGUUGAUCUCGGAUGGGGAGGACAACAAAAGUAUCUCCGUGCUUCUGGACGGCGAGGAGUCAACGUUAGAGUUCAUCAAGCUCACAUCAUGUUCGGGAUGGGAUUACAAGGAUAAUGUGGAUGCCUAUGUAGUUGUAUAUGCCACGGACGAUAGACAGACAUUUGACCGGGCCGUCGACCUCCUCUACUGUCUCCGCAAAGACGAAAAGAAAGAAAACGCAACGAUAUUGGUGGCAAACAAAUGUGAUUUAGAACGCUCCCGAACAGUCUCUAUAGAAGAGGCCAAGGCGGUGGCUAAGACGUAUGAAGCCAAGUUUGUUGAGACGUCAACAGUGGUCAACCACAAUAUAGACGAGCUUUUAGUGGGAAUCCUUAGCCAGAUCCGCCUCAAACUGAAGCAGCAGGAUAAGCCGCGCACGCGCACUGAGGUCGCCCAGGGCUGCAUCAACAAGAGCAAGUCACUCUUCAACAAAAUUUUCCGCAAGGAGGACAUGUCAAAGUCCUGUCAGAAUCUCUACGUGUUGUGAAGUCCAAACUUGUCUUAUCAAUGUCUUUCAAACGUUACAAUGAAUGUGUAUCAAAGUGCAAAUUAAGAAAGUUUUUAUGAACUCUAGUGUUCUAAGAAUUUAUAUCGGGGUUUGAACGAUAGUUUUUCAGUAGAGGUUUGCAAUAAGUAAGACUUAUUUUCAAUUGAAUUAAUUCAUGAAGUUUUAAUUGCUUAUUUUCAAGGAAUUGUAAAUAGUGUUUUUUGAGUGACAUACUGCUUUUGUCACAAACCAUUCAUACACAUUGUAUAAAAGGUGGAAAACAUCAUCAUCUGACAAGGUACCCAUAGAGAAAUGUCCCUUUUGUGAAAUAAUUAUUUUUUCUUUGUUUUCAUGGUAAAUAUUCAAAUGUGAUUGGUCGAAAAAUUCUUUUCAUUCUUCUAUGAAAGAAAUUCCG